AUGGCGUCGGUUUUGAUUGCUGGAAGUUCACAUGUUAAAAGAUUUGAGCAGUUUGUGAAUCAAAAGCAAGAAUUUCGGAACUUACAUUUAAAUCCAAAUGUUUGUGUUACAUUUUAUGGUAUGAGCGGAGGAAAGCUUACAAAUAAUUGUCACUUGGAAGCUUUAGAACAAAAACUUAGGCACGUUUCUCCAGAUUUUCUCAUUUUACAUUUAGGCGGUAACGAUUUGGACACAGCAACAGCAGAUGAGGCAUACGCUUACGAAUUAUGUUUACGUCUUUGUUGUAUUGCGGAAACAUUUACCAGUCGAUUUAAAAUUAAAAAGACUGUUAUUUGCCAGCUGAUGCCGAGAUAUCGAACACGGUUUUUAGAUAUAACUAUUUAUAAUGAAUUAGUCAUAAAAUUCAAUAAAGCCUUGAAGAGGGAGCUGGUGGGUAAAGACUUCUUGCAGUACUGGAAUCUAAAAGGUGUCAAAAACAGCGAGCGCACAGUCUUUUGUGAUGGAGUUCAUCUGAACAAUGAAUGGGGAAUGCCAAUUUACUACAGAAACUUACGUGGGGCGAUAAUCCAAUGUUUAAAAUAUGCUCGUCAAUAUUAA